CAAGAUUGUUCUUUUAUUACCUCCUCUGCAAAACCGAAGACUUGGGUGUUCGUGUCACUCCGUCCCUAACAUUCCAUUCCCCUUCUGCAGUUCCGAAUCCUGAGAAUUUCCCCAAAUGCAAUCCCAAAUCCUCACGACUUGCUUCACCAAUUACCCUUUGUCCAAUUCAAUCGCGAAACCCCAGUUCCUGUAUUCAGCCUCUCGGUUCAAGAUCAAACCCUAUCUCGCCCUCCCCCUCUGCUCCCAAAACCGACCCAGUUCUGCCCAAGCGGCCACCGCCAAGACGACCCAUUUCGUCUCUGAUUCGAGCAAACCCAGUAUCGAAGACUCGCAGAGCGAAUGGAACGUGCAAGUUGGGAGCCCCAAGAUCGCUCCUUCAUCGCCUGUUGCCAAGUUGAGCUUGAGUGAUCAGGCUUUCUUUCUCUUGGCCUUCAUUGCCUGCACUACUUCUGUCGCGUUCACGAGCCUUGUCGUCGCCGCUGUUCCAACAUUAUAUGCCAUGGGAAGAGCUGCAACAUCUCUUUCCAAACUGGCAGAUACAGCACGGGAGGAGCUACCAAGCACAAUGGCUGCUAUUAGGCUCUCUGGCAUGGAGAUCAGUGAUCUUACACUAGAGUUGAGCGAUUUGAGCCAGGAGAUAGCUGAUGGAGUGAACAAAUCAGCUCAAGCUGUGCAGGCUGCAGAAGCUGGAAUUAGACAGAUCGGUUCCCUUGCUCGAGAACAGACCAUCUCAAUGAUUCAAGAGAGAGCUAGCCUGCCAAUUAUCUCGUUACAACCUGUUGUUGCAGGGGCUGCGAAGAAAACAUCUCAUGCCGUUGGUCAGGCAACAAAAUCGUUCAUCAAUAUGAUUUCUCGAGGUGAGUUCAGCCCAGAGAGCGAGGAUGAGAGUGGAAUUGAUAGGGUAGAAAUAUAAGCUUACUAAUUAUCCACAAAGUGUAUAGAUAAUCAACAUCGGUGAAGAUGGUCUGUUUUGUUGGUUGAAGAUACAGCAGUCUCCUAGAAUGUCUCUCCUGUUAUGCUCAGUGGGAAUAAUGCCAAGUACAGAUUGUUUUCUUCAA